CACAAAUACAUCAACAAAAACAAUGGAGGUGGAAGUAAAUAAUGCUGUAGAAUUUUCAGAUUCCGAUCAAAAACCGAGUACAUUUUGUAAAUAUUGUCUGAAUCCUGAAAACAAACAAGACAAUCCGGGGCUAAGAUGUGAAAUAUGCAACGGCUUCGUCCACCUAACCUGUCUACGCCGGCCGGGAACACCAGGCGACUUUGCAUGCGAUGUAUUCUUUGAAUUUGUUUGUGUUGAAUGUUCAGACAAUAAAGAGGAAGUUUUUGAAAGAAAAAGAUUUCAAUGGGUGAAUGUAUUGUUGCUAACACUUCAUCAUCUCAGUAUACAAUCAUACGGCAUCAGUAAUAAUGGCUUCUUCCAUUACAAAACACAUAUCUGCUCCUUCAUUGAUAGAAACUGGGUUCUACUCUUUGGAACACAUUUCAAACAAAAGAAGAGUUGGGUUGGUACAAUCGCUGGGGCUCUAUCAGUGUACAACAACACCUUCUUCAUGUCGGGUUCUGUUGCACUUGGAGAGACGGGCUGGUGGCGUCUAUUGCAUUCCUUCUCACCAGCAGUAGCUGCACAUAUAAAUCUGGAGCUGUCCAAAGAGAAAAUCAAAGGACGUCCACGGAAUUACUUGAAUGUUGACAAAAGACUCUUCUUUACGAAAGCAGCUGAAUUAGGUUACAAGCAUUUAAUAAAGCAGCUAGAUGAUCAGCCUCCGUGCAAGAAGAUGCGCUUGGACUCAGAAUGUGAGCCGUCCACCAGUCAGGACUUUGCCUAUGAUGUCGAGGAAGAAGUUGUUGAAGAUGUCGCAAUAGAGGGGCAAGAUAUUUGUCUGAACUCAGAAGAUGCCUUAUUCAUGAACUAUCCUUACGAUCCUGUAAGACCACAAAUUAGUCAGUGUACUGUUUACCAGAGCGACAGUUCUAGUAUCCACUCGCUGCAGCAGACAGGACACAACUACGACUCUGACUCACGCAGCUCCCCCCAACUGGAGCCCCCCUCUGACGACUACGAGGAAAAGACUCGCCCAGAACUCAAGAAAGUCACUCAAGACAAGAGUAAGAAACAAGAAGAGAUCCCGAUCGUAAGAAGAGAAUCUCUCUUCUCCACACAACUCAACUCUGUAGACAUGCCUUGGUUGGAGCCGGACCCCCCACCGGCACCAGACCUGGUGGAGGUGUCAGAGUACGAGGAGAUCCAACUGCUGAAGCGAGUCGAGAACCUCAUCCCCAGGGUCAAGGAUCCCAACAAGAAAGCUUAUUUACACAGGUUCAGAGCUAAGUUGGCUCUGAGGAGGCUGAAGAGACAUAAGCAUCUGCCCAUCUUUGAUCUAGACAAGACGGCGCGUUUACUCCGCGGCUACAUAACUGACGAUCCUAAAGUUUUAAUGAACGCCGAGAGAAUCUUAGAUCGUUUCCAGAGAUCGUACUUGUUGGACAACUUGAGUGGUACUGUAGUGAGUCAGCAGCGAGGGGCGGCGUUAGUAUCACGGUGGGAGGCGGCACCAUUUCGCUCCUCCUACUCUGGCGUGUUGCUCCGUCCAUACAUCCGCCGAGAUAACAGCGUCCGUCCACUCUGGCUACGACUUACUGACGAACUACUCGUCAAAACACAUCGCCAGGAGUUGGGCUAUGUACCGCCAGUACCGGCCAGCCUGGACUACUGUUACGUACGGCCUCAGCACAUUGCACCAGUCAAUGCUCUCCUUGCACAGUUCUUCUGGCCUGGUAUUGACAUGACUGAGGCGCUGCAGCAUCCUGAGUUCAGCUGCGUGGUGACAUACCGGCGGCUGGUGGUGGGGUGCGCAUUCCUGGUGCCGGAUGCAGGCCACAAUGAAGCCUACAUCUCCUUCAUAGUCACCCGCCCCGAGUGGAGGAAUGCCAAGAUUGCUACAUUCAUGUUGUACCAUCUCUUACAGACUUGUACAGGCAAAGAUGUAACUUUGCAUGUCUCGCCGACCAACCCUGCUAUAUUUCUGUACCAGAAGUUUGGUUUUAAGGUCGAAGAGUUGAUACAAGAUUUCUACGAGAAGUACUACGACAUCGAUUACAAAGGAUGCCGGCACGCGUUAUUUUUAAGAUUAGUCAGAUAAAUUUAUACUAUCAAUACUGAGUUUUAUUUGUACUUCCCCUUUGAAUUUCUUAAUUUACAAUGUACUUUUAGAAUUCCAGCUUGAAUGAUAACAAUAUUUU